CCACAGUAGCUGAAUGCCAGAUUUAGUGAUCUAAAUUUGCUUUGGUUUGUUAGGUAAGAUGCAGGUUGUUGUGCUGCAUCUUCAUCUCUAUCAUCACAUACCUUACUGCUCUUCAUUGUGUUAGCAGCUGCUGAAUGAUGGUUGUCUUGGUGUUGGGCAAGAUGAUCUUCUUAGCAGGUUCCUGUUCUAUAUCCACCCCAAUGGUAUCAGAAUGUCUUCUGGACUUGGUGAUAAAAAGCAUUAGAAAACAAGACUAGCGUCCGUCAAAUGGGGUUCCCUCUCCAUUUCUCUCUACACACCUUUCCUUUCAGGGGAAAAGAAGUGAAGAAUAGUAUGAAAAGUGCAAAAUGUUUCAAAUUCCUGUUCAAAACCUUGAUAAUAUAAGGAAGGCUCGAAAAAAGGUGAAGGACAUUCUUGUGGAUCUUGGGCGGGACAGCUGUAGGGAAUUGUUGAAGAAUCUUAAAAGCUUUGAUGCAGGUGAAAACUACUUUUGGAACACUUCAUGGAGUGAUGUCUCUCCUUGGGAGCCUGUGGGCAGAAGGAAGAGAUACAGAACAAAGCCGUACUGCUGUACCUUAUGCAAGUUCUCGUCCAAAUUGCUUACUUCUUUCAAGAAUCAUUUGCAUCGUUGCCAUGAGGAUGAAGUGGACCAAGAGAUGGUGGUUUCUUGCCCAAAAUGUCCAUUUUCUUCUCAUCCCAAAGUAGUGGGAGAGCACAUCUGGAUGUUUCAUUCAUCUAAUAAACGAAUACAGAACUACACAGUCAGCAUUUUGGGUGGCAUGAAACAAUUUAGGAGUGACGUCAUAAACUUCACGUGUCUAAAAUGUCAAUUCACAGACACCUUGUAUUACAAUAUGAAGAAACAUGUGCUGAUUAACCAUUUUAAAAACUUACUAAGUGCAUAUUUCGGUGAAAAAUUUGAUGAAAGUACAUCAGGUUCAGUUGAGUUCUACUGUAAAAAAUGUAAGGCUCCUGCAAACAACCCAGAUUCUUUAAUGUUCCAUGUCUUGACAGCUGAAACACACAGAGACCUGGAGAACAAACUUCGAUCUCUGAUUUCAGAACACAUUAAGAAACCUGGACUUGUGAAACAAGCGUCUAUUGCUCCAAAGCUUGUCCCUGGUGUAGCAGCGGCUGCUCCAUCUGCAGGGCCUGCUGCCGUCCCAAAAGGUUCUGUGACAGCUCCAGCUUGCAUCAAGGUUGCAUUUCCACAGAACAAUCAAAACCAGAGCAUGGUGCAGACACAAGCAGUUCAGAACACAGUCGGACCAGUGACUGUCCCAAGUGCCUCUGGCAGCCUCCCACAAACCACCUGUGCUCCUGCUGCUACGUCCUCACACGUCGCUCUUGUGCCCAGCAAUCCUCCCGUGGCUCAGAUCAACCUUGGUAUUCAGCCGUCGCCUUCGCAGCCCGUCAUUGUUUCCCAUGGGCUUCCUCUGAACCCUUCUGUUGGGACCAUCAGUAAUACUGUGACCCCUGCAGUUCUUCCUCUUAAUCAGCCUGUCAGGCCUGGGCUCUUCCCUGUGAAUCAACCCACUGGUACUAUAAACAGUCCGGUCCCAGCUGGAACGCUCCCUGCUACUCAACCUGUCGGCCCUGUGAAUCAGCCAGUUGCACCAGGAGUCCUCCCUGUGAAUCAGCCAGUGGCUCCAGCAAUUCUGUCUGUCGGCCAGUCACUCGGGAGCAUGAGCAGGCCCAUUGAUCCCAGGGUCCUUCCUGUGACGCAGACAGUGGGGUCGGGCCUUCUCCAGCUUAACCAGCCUGUUGCCCCUGGGGUGGUUCCUGUCAGACAGCCUGUUGGACCUGGAUUCCUUCAGCUUAAUCAGCCUGUUGCCCCUGCAGUUAUCCCAGUCAAUCAGCCAGUUCAGCCUCCAGUUUCUCAAAGCGCAGCGUUUUUGACUGCAGGCUCUCUGCUGAGGCAGUUGAUUCCCACUGGCAAGCAGGUUAAUGGGAUACCUACUUUCACGCUGGCCCCCGUCUCAGUUACUCUGCCUGUACCUCCCGGUGGUGGAGUAGCAACUGUGACGCCUCCGCAGGUGCCCAUCCAGCUCAUGCAGUCGGGGUCAGUGGCCCAGCUGUCCCAGUCGCCAGCCAAUGCUCCCUCUCCUCCCCUCCUUCUGACCUCUGAGAAUGUAUCCUUACAGGCCUCCCCGCCUGCUCCUGAAACAAGCCAGGCUGUCAGACAGGCCAAGCAGUGGAAGACUUGCCCUGUUUGCAAUGAGCUUUUCCCGUCAAAUGUUUACGAGGUGCACAUGGAGGUGGCCCACAAACAACAUGAAGUCAAAGUAGAACCCCCAGAUCCUCACAAACUUGCAGCUUGCGCAUCCUUUCUGAGGAUGACAGAAAAGGCGAUCUGGUGUUUCGCUUGUAAAUGUUUUCUCUGUGAGGAAGAGCUCAUGAAGCACAUCUUCAUGCAUGGCUUAUCUUGCUUGUUUUGCACAGGUACUUUCUAUGACUUAAAAAGCCUCGUGGAGCACAGCAAAACUGCACACAAUGGGAAAAAGCAGUUGCAUCCAUGGUACAGGAACAGAGGAGUUGAGCUGUGUGAUGAUGAGCAGGGUGGCUUUUUGUUUCCACACUUUGAUUUCAAUACAGUGCUACCAGAUGAAGACAUGGGUGAAAGAGAAGUACAUUUGGCAGUGCUUGUUGGAAUAUAUUCAACACUUCUUGUCCCUAUUUACAUCAAAGUGAAACCUCAGACAGCACAAGCGAACAGGAGAUGCACUAGAAAAAUGUUCACCUGUCCUUUUUGCUUAGGUACGUUUGCUGGUAGAGAGACUUACGAAAAGCAUUUGAAAGAGAGGCAUCAUAUAAUGCCAACUGUGCAUACAAUUUUAAAGUCUCCUGCUUUCAAGUGCAUCCACUGUUGUGGUGUGUACACUGGAAAUAUGACUCUGACAGCUAUUGCUGUACACUUGCUCCGUUGUAGAAGUGCUCCCAAAGACACCAACUCGAGCCUGAAGAUGGAGCUUGAGCGUACUGAGAGGAAAGAGCUGCUCUUUGUGAAUGGUGAGAAGCAUCUUCCAGUGGUACUGAAAAGAAAGCAGUCAGAUCCCUGCGUUGUUGCAGAAGACCAAAGGAAUAAGGAACAACAGCCUCUGAGCUUAAGUACUGGCAUAGCUCUGUCUCCAGACAAUGAAGUGAAUUCAGGGGUAGUGCCUUUCAAACGACAGAAGAUUAGGACUGAGAUGAGGAAGCUUCCUUCUAGUGAGGAUCUCCGCUUUCUAGCAGUAGAUCCUAAUCAGUAUGAUCACAAUUCAUAUGAGGCACAGAAACAGUUUUUGUCAGACUACUUUCACAAGAGGCCAUAUCCUUCUAAAAAAGAGGUGGAAUUACUUUCCUUGCUGCUAUAUGCAUGGAAAAUUGAUGUUGCGUCAUUCUUUGGAAAAAUGAGGAAUAGAUGCUUAAAGGCGAUAAAGCAUCAUAAACCAUCUGUGCUGAUGGGUUUCAGUGUGUCUGAACUAAAAAACAUUAAGCACAGUUUAAAUUUAAAAGAUGGACCGUUGGAUAUGUAACACAGCUUUUUGAUCCAUAAUUGCAUACUUACAAUUUAGCAGUUUAUUAUAUUAUUUGUUUUAACAUGCAGACUGGCCUGUUGAAGGGUGCAGUAAUACAAAGAGUAUCAUUCAUUUGUGACUGUUAUUAUGAAAGGCACACAUAGUUGUGUAUUUUAAAAGCUAAAACCUUCAGACUUAAACAUCUGGAAUUUGUUUUAGCUUUUUAUCUUCCCUGGGAGUAGCAUUGUGGGGUUUUUUUUUUUUUUUUGGUUGUUUGUUUUGUUUUAGAUUUUUUGUUUUGUUUUGUUCCACUUCCGUUUCUUUUUCUUCCCCUCCAGGCACCCAUUACAUUUUUUAUAUCACCAUGUAAACCCCUUGUCCUUGUUGAAACCAAAUUUUAUUUUAUUUUUCUGCAGUGUCAUCUUUUCUAAGUAAUGAGAUGUGUAAUGUUGGUUAAAAUAACAAGGUGAACUAUGUGAAAAAGAUGAAUUUGUUUAUUUGUAUUUUUAAGUCCUGAUAUUUUGGACCUGUUUCUGGUUUAUCUACUGAAGAGGUGAUUGCGGCCAUUACAUCCAUUGCCCCUUCAAAUUCCCAGUGCACUGGUAGCGGUGAAAUACAUGGCAUUUGUGGUUUUUUCCUCAGUCAGAAUACCUGUUAAGCCAGUUCAGUCGGGUGAUCUGUAGUUCCUGCUGAGUAUUCACAUGGUAAGGACUGAGGGCCUUUUGGGUGCCCAUUGAAGUGUUACAGUGAACCGACUUGAAAUGGUUGUGUUACCUGUUAAAUAGAUCUAGCUAACCAGAAGUGUUUAUCCUGUUCAUUUGGUGCUGAAGCCUGGUUGUUUACCUAUUGUUCAAAGCUUGGCAGCAGCAUUUAUUUAAUUUUCUUUUCAGAAAGCGGCUUUGGAGAGUGUCAAAUUGCUUUGAUACAUGGAGUAUAUGACCUGUGCACAUCACUUAUGUGCAGAAGCCCUGUCCAAAUAUCUCCCAAAUUUGGUGAAAAAUCUGAGAUUUUAAAUUGCUUUUUCAGGAAGUAGUAACUGGGCAAAGCCUACUCCCCAGCAAAUUAGAUCCCUGGCUUGAAGUCCCUUGGGUCAGAACCUGGGUGAUUUGGUAGCAUCAAGAUUUUAAGCUGUUGAGUACCCAAGCCAAUGAUGUUCAUGUAGUGAUUGGUUCUUGUUGGCCUGUAGAGAGCAUCACAAUAGUAUAAAACCCAAACAGUCUUCCCUUCAGCAUGGACUGCCAUCUGUGUCAGAUUACAGAAGAGCUGUUGGGAGGGUUCACCGAAGCUGAAGCACAAACUGGUGGCCACAGAGGCCAUGAUGAGUACUGUCCUUUCUGGAUGUGCUUGUUUUCAUCUGGCUUGGAGUGCUGCCAAUACCAACAGCCAGUUACGUAAUUAAUAACUUGUAAGAUGCAUUGGUUUUAUUUCCUCUUUUUCAUCCCCCUCUCUCCACCCUCCUUUCUAAGAAGAAAAAAAAAAAUAGGGUUCACUUGUGCCAGUGUUAGAAGGAAAGGGUGAUGUGCCCAAGCUUAUUUCUGAUUUUUAAGGUAGCAAGUAGACUUUGGGCCUGUGCCAUAGUUUCUAAAGCAGAUACAGAAUAUUUUAUUGCUGUUUCUGAAAUGGUGUGACAUUUUUAGAAUUUGAUGAAUUCCUGUCUGAGAUUCUAUAAGGGGUUUGGAGUUAUAUUUUGGGUAAAAUCUUAAUAUUUUCAUAUUGAUUGCUUCAAAGAGUUUUAAUGUGUAUGUUACAUACAGAUAGAGAGAACCUGCUAUUUGGAAAAACCUAGUAAAUUAACAGCAGUGUUAAGCAAACAAAAACAGUAAUUUAUGGUAUCACCCCAAAAAGUGAUUAAGAAAGAGUGUGUUCUUAUAGCCGCAUAAUAGCUCAUUAAAAAUUAAAAAAAUUAAAUAUACUUGGCCAUAGCACACAGUUCAUAAAACUUGUUCAGAGGGCUUUGAGUGAGGAAGAGGGAUUUUCUCUAAAAGUCCUGAAAUGUAGACACUUCCUCUUGCAGCCUCUGCCCUGUGAGCCCUGUCGUUGAGACUCCAGCAUGGGGGAAUUUGGCAGUGUGCAUCUGGGGCAGGCUUGCCUUGAAUGGGGGAAGACUGUAGAGGGAACUACAUGGCUGGGGGGAGCUGGGAAGUCAUUUCGUGGUUCAUCCAUGCUUGGGGCACCAAGAGAACAAUCCAGUCUUACCAGAGCUUUCCUACACAGUGUCCAGUGUUGAUGUUAAACAUUUUAUUUAUUGGAUUUUCGUUUCACAAUUUCAAAUAA